AUGAAGUCCUGGAGCCUGGAGGCUACAUAUGUCUUGAAACCCAAAAACCCUCCAAAACCCCACCAACCUUCUCGAAACACCCCCAACCCAAAUAUCCUCAUCCUGUUACAAGCUCUGCUGCAGAUGAUGGUAAUGGCGGCUGCCACGACAACCGCUUCACAUCUUACUUCAUUUCUUUCCACCCCAGAAUUUUGUGGCCUAUCUCGGAGCUUACAAGGGCCACAGAGACAGAGACGGUGUACUAGUAGAUCUGUUCAUCGGAAAAUAUCAGCCAGCGUUAAUCUGAAACCUCCUCCUUAUCCACUGCAUGCUCUAGAACCGCAUAUGAGCAAAGAGACAUUGGAGUACCAUUGGGGAAAACACCACAGAGCUUAUGUCGACAACCUGAACAAACAAAUUGAAGGAACCGAACUAGAUGAAAUGACAUUAGAAAGCAUAAUAUCGACUUCAUAUAACAAAGGCGAUGUUCUUCCAGCCUUCAACAAUGCUGCACAGGUAUGGAACCACGAAUUCUUCUGGGAGUCCAUGAAACCUAAUGGUGGUGGAAAGCCUUGUGGAGAACUUUUAGCAUUAAUAAACAGAGAUUUUGGUUCGUUUGGAGGCCUAAUCAAUGAGUUUAAAUCAGCUGCCACUACUCAGUUUGGUUCUGGUUGGGCUUGGCUUGUUUAUAAAGAGCAUAAACUUGACAUACCAAAUGCUAGAAAUCCACGUCCAUCAGAGGAAGAUAAGAAGCUUGUUGUGGUAAAGAGCCCAAAUGCAGUUAAUCCUCUUGUUUGGGAGUAUCAUCCUCUCCUUGCCAUAGAUGUCUGGGAGCAUGCAUACUACCUUGACUUUGAGAACCGUAGGCCAGAUUAUAUAUCAGUGUUCCUUGAUAAGCUUGUAUCAUGGGAAACAGUGAGUUUGAGGCUUGAAGCAGCAAAGGUUUUGGUUGCAGAGAGAGAAAAGGAGAUGGCAGAAAUAGAUGCGGUUGAUGAUGUGGACACGGGAGAGCCCGAGGAUACAGAUAAUAUGUACUUUGGAAGUGACCCUGAGGAGUUUUUGGAUGAUGAAUGAUUAUUUGAUAGUAUCAUUGUUGUUUAACUUGCUUGAUGUUUGUAAUGCUAGCAUAUAAUGAAAUGUAUUAGAUGUUAUGAUUAGUAAAAAAUCAUGAGUAGGUUGCUAUUAUGGGUUAAAAAUGCAACGA